AUGAUGAUGAUGCGGGUGCUCGCAGGUCCCGGGCGUGCCCGAGGCCGCGCCGCCAGCCAGCGGCACCGGCUGCGCCGCGAUGGGCGCGGAGGAUAUCGCCCGAUGGCUCGACACGCUGGGCGGCUGCGUGCCGCCGCGUCCGCUGGGAGGCCUGAAGGCCCGCAUCCUGGCGACGCGCAUUGACGGCGAUCGUCUCUCCGCGAUCUUCCGGGACUGCCGCUUCUGCGAGCUCGACGCCGACGGGCUCACCCCCCUUCACAUCAGUCGGGUCCGCAAGGCCUGGAAGCUGGACCACGAGCGGAGCCCGCCAGAGGAGGAGGCCGCGCCGGGCGGCUCCGCGCGGGGCGCCCCGGGCGAGCCCAGCGGCGGCCUCUGGCAGCGUCUCGGCGGCGAGCCCGGCGGCGGCGGCGAGCGCGGCGGCGGCCACCCGCCGGAGCUCGUCCAGGACCUGCUCCCUUCAUGCAGCUGGGAGUGCGGCUCCGCGGCGACCUCGGCGCGAGCGGACGCGCCGGAGCUCGUGGCCUCGGCGGUGGGCCGGGAGUGUGGCUCCGGGGCAGCCCGGGCGCGUGCGGGCGCGCCAGCGCUCGUGGCCGCGGCGGUGGAGGGCCUGGCGCGCUGGGCCGGCUUCGAUCCCCACGCCGCGCUCGACGAGCUUGCGGGGGGCGCGCUGUCUCCCCGCCUCUGCGAGGAGGCGCGCCGCUGCCUCGCCGAGGCCUCGUCGGGCCCUGCGCCGGGGGGCGCCGCCGAGGCUCCCAUGAGUGGCCAUGAGUUGCCACCGAAGACGACGUGCUUCUUGCAGUCCAGCGGCGGCGCCGACGCUCGCGAGGCCGAGGGCUCGGAGCUCGAGGGCGAGCUCGCGGGCGAGAGCCGCUGGGACGUGCCGCCCGCCGUCCCAGCGCCGGGCUCGGGCGAGAGAGGCGGCCGCGCUGCUCCAGUGCAGCCAGUGGGCAUGAGCGCGGGGCCGGGGAGCACGGCGUCCAUCCCUGCUGUCCCCCUCCCUCCCCCCCUUCUCCUCCUCUCAGUUCCUCCUCUGGCAGACCCCGGUGACGGCGGGGCGGGCGCUGCCUCCCUGGCUCCCUCCGUCGCGCGCCUCAUGGGCCGCAUGGCCUCGCACGACGACGCGCCGCCACCUGUCGGAAUUCGGGCGUGAGGGCGUCGAGGUUGACGAUGGAGGGCAAAGGGUUAUGAUGGGUUCGAGGCCCUCGGCGUUUCCUGUAGUUGCUGUAACCUGCUUGCACUCCGCCCCACCACUCCACCGUUUACUGGCCCGUUGGCCGCCUCACCACUCCCGCGCGUGCUGCCCGUGUGAGCCUGUGCUCUGCAGCACGCACGCGCGCGCAGGUGCUUCGGUCUGGGCGUGCCCCGCAGCUCGCGAUUACCUCUCCCCCGACGCGCGCCUCUGCUUGCUCCUGCGGGGCGCAGUUUGGCCCAGAAGCGUCCCUCGGCUGCCCCGACCGCGUCUUGGACCCAAUUUUUCUGAGUGGGGGUGAUGUCCAUUCUGGUUAUCCCCUGCAGUGCCCUGGCUGGGCCCGCCGUACUUGUGCAGCAGAGAGUGCGAGGGCACGGGCGGGCGGCGACAACAGGUCGGCUGCCGCUCACGGAGGCUGCCGGGAAGACUGCGCCUUGCCGACGCGGCCUCUCUGGCUACCCCCUUCCGAGA